CCUGGUACACCCGGACCACAGGGACCGACUGACGAUAGUCAGCCACCGCGGCCCGGAGCGCUCUCGGGUAGCCUGAUGGGAUACCGCAAUAGCCCAGCAUAUGUUCAUCGCUUUAUGGAUAAUCUUUUGUGUCCCCAUAAGAAAUACUGCCGCUGCUUCGUCGACGACAUCAUCAUCUUCUCGGACAACUUCCAGGAUCACCAGAACCACUUGGUGACAAUUUUUAGGCUUUUUGAGGGACGCGGCAUUGCCCUCUCUCCGGAGAAGAGCUUUGUGGGGUACCCCAACGUCGAGCUUCUUGGCUUCUAUGUCGAUGCCCUUGGCCUGACGACCACCGAAUCUCGCGUGCAAGGCUUUGGGGACCUGGCAUUUCCCGAUACCUUAAGUUCCUAGAGACCUAUCUGGGAAGUACCAGAUUUUUCCGGUCCAUGAUCGCCUAUUAUGCCAGGAUAGCGCAACCCCUAGAUGCUCGGCCUGUCGUUUCCGCUAGAGUUUUCUCCGCUUUGUUGGCAACACCUCACGCACCGCUGCCGCCCGCGUCUUCUCUGGCCCCAAGCGCAGUCGCACUAAAGACCCGGCGUCGCCUGACCGAGAUGACCGGGCCCUAUCUCGACAGCGGACUGGGAAGACGUGCUUUUAGGAUCUCGGACCAUCCUCGGAUACAAAACUUACCUCCGACUUGCGGCUCGAAGAGUCGGCCUGCUCGGCUUCUUAAAGCGACGACGCGGGCGGUUGUCAAGCGCUUGUUUUGACUUCGGCCACCUAUCCCAACACCGGUCUGCUUUCGAUUUGUCGACGUGGUUAGCCGCAGUUGACAUCUUUGCCACUCAAUUCUCCCAAGCGCACCAAUUACAAAGUAAACAAACAAACAAGCAACCAACCAAAAAAAUGUCGCCCCUCUCGCAAUCCCCCCUCCUACAGUGGGCGGCAUACGCCUUCGGCGGCAUCGUCACGGGCUUCGGUGUCAACGCGAUGGUGCGGCCGGCGCACGCGCUGACCUUCUUCGGGUUCGCGCCGCCCAAGGCCCCCUCCGACCGGCGCGUGGUCGACGGGCUGGUGGCCGUCUACGGCGCUCGUGACGUCUUCAUGGGCGCCGCCGUCUUCGCCGCCGGCCUCAACGGCCACGCCUCGACCCUUGGCUGGCUGCUGCUCGCGAUCGGCGCCGUCGCCGCCGUAGACGGGCUCGUGUGCCGCGCGCACGGCACGGGCUCGAAUGGAGCCACUGGGGUUAUAUAA